UAUCGCCGGCAUUCCCAGGAUGCACUGCGAAUAGAGCAGCAAAAAAUAGUCCGCUAACGAAGACAGCGAGAAAGGGGAACUAGAGAAGCUCAGCUGACUAGCUAAAGCCACUAGUGAACGUUGUACUGAACGCAACCAGGAUUGCUAACAUGGCUGAUAACGAGAAACUGGAUAACCAGCGGCUGAAGAAUUUCAAGAACAAAGGACGUGAUUUGGAGACUAUGAGAAGACAGAGGACUGAAGUAGUGGUCGAACUCCGAAAGAACAAAAGAGAUGAGCACCUUCUGAAGAGAAGAAAUGUGCCCCAUGAGGAGAUGUGUGAGGACUCCGAUGUUGAUGGAGAUUUCAGAUCGCAAAACACCUCUCUUGAAGCAAUAGUCCAAAAUGCCACGAGUGAUAAUCAGGGCAUCCAGCUGAGUGCUGUUCAGGCAGCCAGGAAGUUGUUGUCCAGUGACCGUAACCCUCCCAUAGAUGACCUGAUUAAGUCUGGGAUCCUUCCUAUACUGGUCCACUGCCUGGACAGAGAUGACAACCCAUCUCUUCAGUUUGAGGCAGCCUGGGCUCUAACUAACAUAGCGUCUGGUACCUCAGAGCAGACCCAAGCUGUGGUCCAGUCCAAUGCUGUGCCACUGUUCCUGCGGCUGCUUCACUCUCCUCAUCAGAAUGUGUGUGAACAGGCUGUCUGGGCUCUGGGCAACAUCAUAGGUGAUGGUCCUCAGUGCAGGGAUUAUGUGAUCAGUCUUGGUGUGGUUAAGCCCCUGCUGUCAUUCAUUAGUCCCUCCAUUCCCAUUACCUUCCUACGCAAUGUCACUUGGGUUAUGGUCAAUCUGUGCCGCCACAAGGAUCCUCCACCACCCAUGGAAACCAUCCAAGAGAUUUUGCCAGCUCUGUGCUUGUUGAUCCACCACACUGAUGUCAGCAUCUUGGUGGACACUGUGUGGGCCCUGUCUUACCUGACAGAUGCGGGGAAUGAGCAGAUCCAAAUGGUCAUUGAUUCAGGGAUUGUACCUUAUCUGGUCCCUCUGCUUAGUCACCAAGAGGUCAAAGUUCAGACUGCUGCUCUGAGGGCUGUGGGGAACAUAGUGACCGGCACUGAUGAGCAGACCCAGGUUGUCCUGAACUGUGAUGCCCUCAGCCACUUCCCUGCCCUCCUAACACACCCGAAGGAGAAAAUCAACAAGGAGGCUGUCUGGUUCCUGUCCAACAUCACAGCAGGCAACCAGCAGCAGGUCCAGGCUGUCAUUGAUGCCAAGCUAGUUCCCAUGAUCAUUCACCUGCUUGACAAGGGUGACUUUGGCACUCAGAAGGAAGCAGCCUGGGCCAUUAGCAACCUCACAAUAAGCGGAAGGAAAGACCAGGUAGCACACCUGAUCGAAAAGCAGGUGAUUCCUCCAUUCUGUAACCUGCUGACAGUGAAGGACGCCCAGGUUGUGCAAGUGGUUCUGGACGGCCUCAGCAACAUCCUGAAGAUGGCAGAUGAUGAGGCUGAAACUAUUGCUAACCUCAUUGAGGAAUGCGGAGGAUUGGAAAAGGUGGAGCAAUUGCAGAAUCAUGAAAAUGAGGACAUCUACAAGUUGGCAUAUGAAAUUAUUGAUCAGUUCUUCUCAUCUGAUAUCGAUGAAGAUUCCAGCCUGGUCCCAGAAUCACUCCAGGGCGGAACAUACGGCUUCAAUUCUGCCAAUGUGCCAGCUGAGGGAUUCCAGUUCUAGACCGUAUCUGGGGUAUUCUGGAGUUGUGUUCACGAUGCAGCACUCUGUUCAACAUAAAAAAAUUAGGAGAGAAAGAGCGAGAGAGAGAGCGAGAGUGUGAGAAAUUUGAUCCAUUGUGCUUGGCUCGUGGGAUCCAUGGCUGCAUCUUAUCUGAGAGAAAAAUGUGUGGAUUUCAUUUGGCAUUCUGAGGAACCAGCCCAAAUGAAGUUUGAGAUGGCGAGUGGGUGCGAGUGAGAAUGAGUUGCUAUGUGUUGCAAAAAAAGCAAAACAUCUACAUCGAAUGCUUUGAGAGACAUGCCGACAUAACUUCUGUUAUUGGAGCUGUCGUCUUCAGAAAACGUCUUCAAAUGACAACAAAAAAUAAAAUAAACUCGAUGUCUGCCUGAGGAGAUCAAAGGACAUCCAAAAUCAAAAUUCAAGACAUCUUGAAAUAAGACGACAAAAUGAGAAACAGAAAUGACUCGAAUAUUGAACCUUGAUGAACCAUCACAUCCUGCAGUCGUCUGAACAGAGAGGGUGUCGCCCUUAAUGAGCCCCUCCCCCAAUCGGCCACACUAUCAGACGUGUGUGAAUGGACCCAUUGUGUACGAAUGUCUGGACUCGGUGCAGAGGAGCCAGGUUCAUCUCCUACAACAACAAGUUCCCCUUCCCACCCCGCUUGGGCACCAUCCUCACCCACCACCCACCCCACCCAAUCCGGCGGGCGGGUCCAGGAGUCCGACUGAGCGUCGCAUGUGCGAGAGAAUGGACGGAUGAGUUGUGUGUGUGCUUGGCUGCGUGCGUGACUGGGAGUGUGUAAGACUGGGUGCAAACGCAUGCAGAGAGGGGAGACGGAUAUGACUACAUCUGAGGAGAGAAACAACAUCAGCAAAGGUGUCGGGGAAUGAAAUUCUGGCUUUGAAAGUGAGGCUGAUACUCAAAUCCCUGAAAGGAAGAACUUUGCAUAUUUAAAAAAAAAAAUCGUCAUCACAAGGAUUAUCUUUUUUUUUUUGUGUGUAUUGUUAUUAAGUUGGUAUUAAUUGACACUGGACAAUACUGUUGACAGGUGUGGAGCAGCAGUGCAUUGUGUUGGAAGAUGCAUUUGGUGGCUUCUGGGAUUUUCUUUUUGCCUCCAGUGUGUUUCUUUUACAUGUGUAUAUGUAUACUUUUUUUUAAGUUUUUUUUUUUUUAGCUUUUAGUUUCAUCGCUUCUGUAAAGAUGAUGACGGUCAUAUUAAACCAUUGCACCACAUGGGCUUGAUGAUGUGAAAUCUGACACCAUUGCUAUAAUCAUAACCUGGUGAGCCCCUCCCCCUUUAAGUUUUCAGUAAAAUCACUGAUUUGUUACCAUAGCUGCGACGUGUCACCAGGGAAGUACAAUGGUCAUUUCACGUAGGAUUGUGAAUCAUAACCUUUGCAUGUACUAAGCUAUAGCACAGUUGUUUUUAGGGUAUUUUAGUUUCCUUUAGGCUGUGGAUACAGUGUACUUUUUUCCUCUCUUAACUGUGCUUAAUUGUUACAUGUUGUCCCUUCCCUAACUUCUUUCACUAUUGUAACCCAUAUGGUUUUGCACAGAUAUGGCAAUGUGAUGCCUUAAGUCUUUCUGAAGGUGUACUGGUUGGUUUCAUUAAUAUCCCUCCAGCGACCUCCGUAUGCAUCAACCGCAGUCUGACUUCUUUCUACAGUAAAUGACUGAUGGUUUUUAGAAAUGAUCUGAUAUUUGCAGGGCCAUGCCUGCGGUCUGAGGUAGACAGAGGGCGGAGCUGGGUGUCCCACCUGUGAGACUGCAGCUGGAGAAGCAGAGGAGUGCAGAUGUUUGCUGUACCUUUCCCAGUUAUUAGUUCUCCUGUACAGGCUUAACCCCAAAAACACUGUAGUAAUGAGAUAGAAUUGUGCUCAGAACCUUCUGUUGAACAUUUUUUUCUUUUUCUUUUUUUUUUUUUUCCUUUUGCAGCAUUCCUUGUUAGCAAAGAUGUGGUUUCCAAUCUAAAAUUCUGACCUGGAAGGAAUACCGGUGGCUUGUCCAAACUGUUGGGAGAUGGAAAUAGGCUGUCUUCAACAAAAUAAAUAGUGAAACCCAAA